AAAAGAAAACAGCAGAAAAGAAAAGAGUGCAGAUGCAAGAAAUAGCCGAAUAGUUCGCAGCCAGCGGAGCAAUAGUUUAUUGAGGAAUAAUCCACGAGUCGGCGCCCAAAAGAUCCAACAAAUACCCCAGAAACAACUGAAUUACCAGCCCAGGCAAAACAGUACAAUGUAAACUUAAAAGCAAACUUAAGCGCAAGGAUAACAAAUAAAUCACACCUACUCUCAACUACUGUUUCAAUGGAUUCUGGCGAAUUUUCCGUAUUUCCCCGAAUUUCCGUAGCACCAAAGGAUAUCGCUUGCUCAUAACUUGGAUCGGAUUUUGAUGCAUUUUAGUCCUGCUACAGUUGCAAUAAAGAGGCGUUUGGGGAAACGUUGUGAAUAUUAGAGUGACUGUUAGCAUUGAAUUUGACACCAUUGCCGUUGUUUAUUUUCCGAGCUUCCUUGAGCCAAGCCAAUCGAAGUCGGUGCGCCGAGUGAUGAAUGCAUCCGAAUCCCAGCUGAAUCCGGAUGCCACUGAAAGCCUAGCCACAGCCCCAGUCACGAACGCAAAACCACUGCCACAGACACAGACACCCAGCAGAAUCCAGAUCCCAGGAGCGAUCCAAAUGAAAACGAUGUUAGCGCUGAAAUUGAAGUGGAGAAUGUGUGGUUAAAGCGGUGGAGCUAAUUCCCAUUCUCGAUAUGGUUUAGAACUGCUAAUCAAUUGCAUAUAGCACAGGACACAGAAUACAGGAUACAGGAUACAGAUACAGAUAAAGAUACAGAUACAUAGCUACUGAUAUUGUUACUGAUACUGAGAUACUCAGAUAGUGAGAUACUGAGCUACUGAGCUACUGAUACUACUGGAGGGAAGUUAACUAAUGCAAACAGAUAUUUUUAAGUACCAUAUGAAGAGGGCAGUUUUCUAUAAAUUAUUACCGCGAGGAAUCAGGAGAGAAAACUAAGACUUAGAAGUGGGGCUGGAUUCGACAACUUCACUUUUAAUCACAAUAUUGCAGCCGCCGUCAUGUGGAUAAACAUCGCCAAUUUAAUCCUCAUCAUUGCUCAGCUGUGCGUUUUCGUCACAUCUGCCGGGGAAGCAGAUUACACACUAGAUGAUUCAUUUUGGAAUGAAGAAAGUCCUGUUGGAGAAGUGGAACGUUUACUUAAGGAGUACAGGCAAAACCAAGAGCUUGUCCGUCGAAUUGGUGGUCACUAUUACCAAAUUAUAUACCCAGUGCAGCUGCGCCAUCACGAGAAGAUGGGCAUAUCCACGCGCGAAGUCAGUCUGCCAAAGCCGGGACAAAGACCUCGACCUCAUGACGACAGCGGAUUCAACAGGGGAAGAACAAAGAAGCACUUCCAUCGCACAUCGCUGCUGAUUAAAGCAUUUAACCACAAAUUCCGCUUGGACUUGGAGCUCAAUUCACAACUUCUUUCGCCAAACAUACAGCAGAAGCACUACCACGUGGGUGGAUAUCUGGUGGAUGGAAACCGACAUGAUAUCGAGCACUGCUACUACCACGGGACCGUGAAGGACUAUCCCGGAGCCAGUGCAGCAUUCCACACGUGCAACGGCGUCAGUGGCGUCAUCCACAUCGGCAACGAGACCUUCGUCAUCCAUCCGUUCUACGGUGGGGAUCUGUCCAAACAUCCACAUGUCAUCUUCGAGGCGCGCACAAAGGCGAACAAAGGGUGCGCCAACUCGGGCAAUCUGGACUCGUGGCGGCUAUCGCGGCGCACAAAGCACUUGUCCGCCGGAGUUGCCGGCGUGGUGGAGGAGAUCCUCCAGGCGGGCGUGGGUCGCAACAAGCGGGAUGUGCGGGAGGCCACCAAGUACAUUGAGACGGCCAUCAUCGUUGACAAGGCAAUGUUCGAUAAGCGCAAUGGCAGCACUCGGGCGGAGGUCAUCCACGAUGCCAUUCAGGUGGCCAACAUAGCCGAUCUGUACUUUCGCACGCUGAACACCCGCGUCUCGGUGGUCUACAUCGAGACCUGGGGCAAAAACCAGGCGGUCAUCGAUGGCAGCAAGGAUAUCAGCAAGGCGAUAUCCAACUUCAACGACUACACCUCCCGCAAUCUCUUCCAAAUCGAGCGAGACACCACGCAGCUGCUCACCGGCGAAACAUUUGCGGGCGGCGAGGCUGGCAUGGCUGUUCCCGAAACUGUUUGCACGCCCCGUGCUGUGGGCAUCAGCGUGGAUGUGAAUGUGUAUGAGCCGCACCUUUUGGCCGGCACAAUGGCCCACAUGAUUGGCCAUAACAUCGGCAUGGGACACGACGACGGACGCGAGGAGUGCUUCUGCCGUGACUGGCACGGUUGCAUCAUGGCCCAGUCGAUUGUGGGCCAGGAGAAUGUCCAGCCAUACAAAUUUUCCGAGUGCAGUAAAAAAGAUUACAUUGACGCAUUGCGGACUGGCCACGGACUGUGUUUGCUCAACAAGCCAAAUGAGAUUGAGUUGCGUCGCAACUGCGGCAACAAGGUGGUCGAGGAGGACGAGGAGUGCGACUGCGGAACCUUCGAGGAGUGUGCUCUGGACCCGUGCUGCGAUGGCAUAACGUGCAAGUUGAAGUCGGAGGCCCAGUGUGCCAGUGGUGCCUGCUGUGACCAGUGUCGCUUGCGGCCCAAGGAUUACAUCUGCCGCGACUCCAACAACGAGUGCGAUCUGCCCGAGUACUGCGACGGCGAGAUUGGCCAAUGUCCGUCGGAUGUCUUCAAGAAGAACGGCUCUCCGUGCGGCCUGAGCAAGACUGGCAUCUCAGGUUACUGCUUCCAAGGCUACUGCCCCACGCUGAGUCUGCAGUGCGAGGCCAUUUGGGGCUAUGGCGGCUCUGCUGCGGAUCGUCAGUGCUAUGAGCAAUUCAAUUCCAAGGGCUCCAUCAACGGACAUUGCGGUCGCGAUGCCAACGAACAUUACAUUAAGUGCGAACCAGAGAACGUCCAGUGCGGAACCCUGCAGUGCAAGGAUGGGGAACGGCAGCCAGUGAACGAUGGCAUCGAUCAGCUCUACUCGAGAACGAUCAUUUCGAUCAAGGGUCAGGAGUUCGAAUGCAAGGCGACCAGCGGGCAGGUGGGUUCCAACAGCUAUCCGGAGCACGGCCUGGUCAAGGACGGAACUCCGUGCGGUGAUAAUCUAAUUUGCCUCAACCAGACGUGUGUCAGUCUCUUCCCCCACGUGGAUCAGACCAAGUGCCCAGCCAAUUCACAGGGCCUAGAGUGCUCCGAACACGGCGUCUGCACCAACACGAACCGCUGUUUCUGCGACAUGGGAUGGGGCGGCAACGACUGCAGCUCCGUCGUGCUGCUCACCACAGCACUGCCAACCGAAGCACUGCCCACGCCGGAGAACACCAUCAAGAUGGAGAAGAAAGAAACCCCAUAUGAGAACUACCACGGCUCAAAUACAGUGUUCCUAGUCGGUGUUCUAAUGUCAGUUGUAGGGUUCGUUUUUAUAACAUUCACCUUGAUGGCAUUGUGCUACAGGUCAGUUGUAGUACAUAGAAACUUCUCCCUGUGUCUAAGGCGAAAGACCACCACACUGAAGUACGACCCGCCCUAUUCGAAGAAACCCAUUGCCAAGAGCUACGGCGGAGCGGCGACGGCGCCCAACCAUCACUCCGUGGAAGAGGUCUCCUUGGACGGAUCCAGCAAGUUAGUCUAUGCCAAUCAGACUGGCUUCAGGGACAAGGGAAUCCAUGGACGACGCUACACGACAUGUGGCGAGGACGACCAGUCACAUGCAGAGAAGGGUAUAUUAAAGAAGCACGGCUACGGUCUGGUGCACGGUGAGCAGCUAAAAGACAAAUGGGGCGAUGACAAUCAGUCCGAUAACCUCGAGCUUAUAACCCAAGACGGCACCCUGGCGUCGACGAGCGGCGGUGCGGCUGCCUCCGAGGUGGAGCGCACGUUGAAAUCCCUCAAUGGUUAUCAUGAGGACAUCUUGGAGGCGCUGCGGAAUGCGGCCACGCACCGGGGAACCGGAACCGGAAACACGCCCGUCGGCAGCGGCAGCCUGAGCGAGGAGAUGCUGCGCAAGACGCUGCAGGACUGCAACAACUCCCAGCUGGGCUACUCGGCGGAGCAGUACAAGCGUAACAUUGGCUCCAAGUCCAGUUCGCGGGAGAACAUCUGCGACAAUGCCGCCGUCCAUGCGAUCAUCCUCGAUGGCAGCGGCGGCGGACUCGGCGGCAUGGGACUGGGCUCGAGCGUGGGAGCCGGCGGCGGAUCGACGUCCAUGUCGGGUGGAAUGCCGGGCCAUGGCGGCACCAUGCUCCAUCACCAUCGAUCGCAGCACCAGCUGCAUCAGCCGUCGACGGUGGCGCUGCAGCCGCAGCAGCUGGAUGACGAUGAUGCACCGUCGACGGGACCGCUGCGUAUACGCAAUCUGGAGGACCUGAUCAGGCAGCUAGAGCACCACUCGUCCCGUCACAUGAGUCCCAGCGGAUCCGAGGAUAUACGAAUGUCGGAAACAGAGGCCGAUCGACACUAUAGAUUAGAAAGUUCCGCAGCUUGUAGUGAGUCAUCUCAAGGCUCCAAUCAGCAAAUACCACAAUCUCAGAAAACCGCUACAAUUCAUGCGUCUUACAGCAGAAGCUGUCGUCCCCGUUCCGAUGAGGAGUCCCGAUUCACAUUCGGCGGCGGACGCUACCGACAGCCGGCAUCAUCUGGACGCCAUGCGCCGCACCAGUCGCACUCACCCCACGCAUUCGGACACCACACGCACCACUCCCAUGCCCACGGACAUGCCACGCACGGUCCACACUCGUCCCAUCACUCAUCGCACACCCAUUUGCAGCAGGAGGACGAGGGCAUCUACGAGACCGCUGACCACCACGAGCGCCAGGUGGUCGACGCUCGACUCGACUGCCACGAGACACCAGAUAGCGAGAGUGAUGACUUUAUUCAAGCUCAACAACAGUUAGCCCGGUGGGCGAGUGAGGAUGUGGUAUCCGUCGUGGUAUUGGACCAGCCGCCAUCCGGUACAAUGUCGGAUUCCCAACCAUACAUCGACGUCGGACCCAUUUCGGGGGCUAUAGCGCAGCAGCAGCAGCAGCAUCCGCAUCAGCAGCAACAGCAUCCACAUCAGCACCACGGCGAUCAUCAUCAGUCCUCCGCAGCGGCAGCGGUAUCGGGAUCGGGAUCGGGAGUGGCAGCGGCGACAUCGGUGGCCAACAGUUCUAUAAUGGCUUUGCCAAUCGUCCCAAAUGGUAUAAGUGUAAGUCAGAGGGACUACUAUCCAUCCCCGCCCUCAACGGAAACGGAAAGCAGUGGAAGUGUUAUCCAGCCGCCCAUUCGUCGCGGUUUGCAAUCGGCGGCAGCAGCAGCAGCGGCGGCAGACACGGCGGCUCUAAGUCAGCAGCAGCAGCAUCAGCAGCAAUUGCAGCUCCUUCAGCUGCCAAUUUAUCAGCAGCAUCCGCAUCAGCAUCAGCAUCCGCAUCAGCAUCAUCAUCAGCAGCAAUCAGGCGAUACCAGCAGCAGCAACAACAGUCAGUCCGAACAAAUCAUCGAGAAUGGCUGCUACCCGGAAUAUAAGCAUUGAUAUUGUUAUCUACAUGGUAGAGGAGAUCAUUCCCAUGGUCCAUACGAUCCAUAUGAUCCAUGUGCUCUGUGUGGUCCAUGUGCUCCAUGUGGUCCAUGUCGUCCAUGUGGUCCAUGUGGUCCAUACCGCAUCAGAAAUCGCGCAUAGAUCAACAAUCAGCCACGCCCACUCCACUCCACUCACAUGUGCCCGGAGCCAGCGCGCAGCUAGCUUUCUCUCUAAAUAAAUGAAAUUUGUAUCGACCUUUAUGAUUACUUUAGCAUAGUUACCAAUACGUUGCUCGUGUAUAAGCACAUAAAUAAAUGAAUUUAGCCCUAAGUAGUUAAGUAAAUAAAUGUAAAUGUGAAGACAGCAGACAGCAGACAAAAACCAAACCAAACUAGUUAACGUAAAAUGGAGAGGAGUUAGGCAAAGGACAUAAAAAUUAGCACACAAAUUGAAAUGAAAAAUGGUAAAUGAUAAAUGGUAUAUGAAAAAUGGAAAACGAAAAAUGGAAAUGAAUAUGGAAAAACCAAACUUAACAAGCAACAAAAAAUGUGUAUUCUUAUGUGUGAGUGGUAAAUAAAUAGCCAUACUUUAUUCAUAGAUUAAUGACAAUUAUUAAGUGAGUGCAUCCCAAUUUAUAUUCAUAGUCGUAUAAUUGUAUACGUAUAAUGAUGAGACACAACCGAAAGCAAAAGCAAAAAGCAAAAAAACAAAACCCAAAACCAAAACAAGAACCCAAACCGAAAACAACAGCAACAGCAUUAGCGAAAUAAAUAAUUAAAAAUUGGGAAAUAUUUACAUAUUUUUUGCAUACCUCGGACCAAGCAAUGCCAACGUUCGAGUAGGAAAAUCUUUCAAAAAAAAAACCAUAAAACAAAAACCGUAAACAGAAAAGAGAAAACUACAAAAAAAAUAAACAAAUAACAAAACACAAAAAUAAAUAAACACAAAACGCAGCUGUAAAUAUGAAAAUUAAUAUUUAUGCUAGUUAGUAAAUUAUACGAUCCUUUGCUGGACGUGUAGAGAACUUGAACAUUUCGAUGGUCACGGAUAAGCGGCAGGAAAAAUACAAUUGUGCACUGGGCCCAGCCCGGGCUUUAAAAAAAACCCCCUUAUUGGGGCAAUCUUACACCGACUGAUAGAAAAUUUUGGGCUAUAUUGCCAGUUCUCGUUCAAUAAUCUUAAAAACAAAAAACCAAAAAAACCAAAGAAGACAAAAAACAAAAACAAAAAAACCAAGUGGAAUGAAUAACAAAAAAGCUAUAUACAUAAUGAAUAAUUAAAAUAAUUCAAGAAAACAUGAAAACGUGAGAGCGGAGAAAAAUUAAAUUGGAAAUAUUAAUAUCUGUAUGGUUAAAGUAUGAAUAUGAUCAACAUAAAGUUAAGGACAAUGCUAAUGUUAAUUUAUCGGUUUUGAAACAUCAGUAAUAUAUCGUAUUGUACCGUAAAUUAAGCCAUUUAGAAUGAAACGUACGAAUUAAAAUUAUUUUCCAGCUUUACAACAUCCUUUCGUCUUAAUUUGGGUGCCC